AGACGGAGCGUUUUGACGCGCUGAGAGGAGGACAGAACGUCACAUCUCUCCAAACGCCCAUCAAACUUUCACCACAGCCUGUAGAGAGGACCCAGUCCUCUGAAAGAGGCCUGUUAGAGACGACCGGGACGCGCUGGACUCUGGGUUUACGGCUGGACAGCGAUGGCGACACUUCUGAUGAUGACUUUUGGUACAGUUUGACCUCACAGCGAACACACCUAAAAAAAACCCAUCUGCUUCAGUUUUCUUGCCCUUUUUUGCGACCGAGCGAGGAAUGGAGCAAGCACCAAGCGCGCCGAGCCCUCCUCCAAAACCGGCCCAUCACGAGCCAAUAAGCUUCGGCAUCGACCAGAUUCUGGGAGCCGGUACUGAGCCGGAAAGUGCGCGCACGGCAGGAAGACAGAGUGGAUCAGAUUUAAGCAACGGGGACGGUUAUUACAGUUUGGGAAGUCCGACUGGGGCCAACGCGCCCUCAUAUACCGCGCUCUCGAUCUCCCUCUCCGGUGUAAUGCCUCCGGUGGAGGCUUCAGGUUCAUACGGAGAGAGCAGGAGUCUGGGCAGCCGAGGAGUCAUUCGCGUCCCAGCCCACAGACCAGUGACAGCCCCGGGACCCCCGGCCCCCGUGCAAAGCGCUGUUCCUGGCUUUGGAGGUCUGUGCUUCCCUUGGAUAGGGAACAGGUUUGCCAAGGACAGAAUAUCAGCGGCUCUGGUGCCAUUCGCCGUUACGCGGAGAAUAGGGCACCCGUACCAGAACCGGACGCCUCCUAAACGGAAAAAGCCCCGCACCUCCUUUUCAAGAGUUCAGAUAUGUGAGUUAGAAAAGCGUUUCCAUCGACAGAAGUACCUGGCCAGCGCCGAGCGGGCAGCUCUGGCAAAGAGUCUCAAGAUGACAGACGCGCAAGUCAAAACCUGGUUUCAGAACCGCAGGACCAAGUGGAGGAGACAGACAGCCGAGGAGAGGGAGGCGGAGCGUCAGCAGGCCAAUCGCCUCAUCCUGCAGCUGCAGCAGUCCGCCCUCCAGAAGUCCCUCAGCGAAUCAGCGGUAUCAGAUCCACUGUGCGCCCAUAACUCCUCCCUGUACGCGCUGCAGAACCUUCAACCCUGGGCCGAGGACAGGGAGUAGAGACCAGACACCAAGCGGUAAUCACUGAGCAUCCUCUAACAGCCCUGCGAGGAUACUUUAAUUAAAUUAGACCUACAUGAGGACAGUAGGACUUACUGUGAUCCUUACUGUGGAGGGGGGAAAAAAGUGUGACCAGAAAAAAAACAAAAAACUGAAGAACCCGAUUGAGUGGUCGUGAAAGUGGACCUGAAGUCAUGGUGAGUCCUGAAGCAGAAACUUUAUUGGACAAAAUGUUGCAGCUCUGUACUUGGAAACACCAGGACUACACAAAUUCAAAGGAUACGAAAAAAGACUUGCCACCAUAAAAAAUUCUCGCCACCAUGUGAUUGUCCUCUUGCGCUCGUACUUAUAAGAGGAGACCUGAUGGAGGUAAUUAAUUCUCCACAUUGAGAUGCAAGAAUCAGUGUUUUGUAAGGGUGUGGUUUCUCAGUACGACCAUCGCCUUAGUCUACCCUACAUAGUGGACUUGAUUACAGCUGGCUCUGUUAUUAUCUUUUUUUUUUUAAUUUUAGUGGGAGGAUAAUCAUCUAGGCCUACACUCCAGCAGCUACACAACAAAGUGCACGGGUUGGAAUGUGUUUAUGAGAAAGGCCAAAUCUCUUUGUGUUUUUAUCAAAGUACAAAACAAGAAUGUCUGCUCAAAACAACGAAGAUAAAAGCUACUUCAGAGUUUCCUCUUUAAUUCUUAAUUGUUCUGGUGUUUAAACCUCCAUUUAUAGAUGUACUCACUCUGACGAGACUACAGUGCACCAUCACAGUCACCUGUAAGGCGCCCCAACAAAAUUAUGACAGCAGUGUUACAUUAUGGAGAGAAAAGAAAAGCUAUUUUAAGGAGUAAUAAAUAGAAAAUAGAUGCUUGGAUUUGGUGGUGCGAAGUGAGGAAAAUAUGAAACAAGCUGUAAGUUGGGGAAUAAAAGGAGUGAUGCAUGUUCAGUGAUGGUGAAGUUUUUUUUUUUUCCUAACGCACAUUAUCAUGCUUUAUUUGUGGGCCGUGUUCUUUGAAACGGAGGCAAAAAUGUACAAGUCUUUUUGUACUUACGUUGUAUAUGUGUACAGUAUAAA